UAUUAAUUUCAGUAUAAAAAUUAUUUUAUUUAAAACAUUAUAAAAUAUUAAAUAUAAAUUAAAUAAUCGAUUAAAAUGAUCGACAUUCUCGACAAGUUCAUGUUAUAAGAAUAUAAGUUAACGGAAUGAGUCUUAUCAAUCAGUAUAACCUUUAUGUCAUAGAAUUCUAUUAGUGGUGCCAUAUAACAAUAACUGUUACGAUUUUAACCUAACCUAAUUCAAAUAAUUUUUCUGUAUAAAAGAAUAACUAUUCAUCUUACCUUAUAAGGAAAACCUUGUUUAAUCAGUAAACGCUUCAUUUUCUGCAUCUGAAGUAAAAUAUUUCAAUUAAAACAAUGUCUGAUCCUCGUAUAAGAAUUUUAAAAAUUAAGACUGGAGUAGUGAAACGUCUCGCGAAAGAAAAAAUCACGUAUGAAAAAGAAGCAGCACAGCAACGUGAAAGGAUACAAAAAUUAAAGGAACAGGAUAAAGAUGGUUAUGAUAUAAAAAAACAAGAAGAAGUACUUCAAGAAUCUCUUAUGAUGGUACCAGAUUGUCAACGACGUCUUGCAAAGGCUUUUGAAGAACUUAAAAAAAUUUUGGAUACAGAGCAAGAUUUGAAAGAGAUUGAAGAUUAUAUUGAAGCAGAAAAAAUAUUACAAGAAGCACAAGCUCAACUUCCUAAAGAAGGAGAAAUUAUGGAAAUGUGUUAAAAAAGCAAAGCCUACUAAUUUUAUUAAAAUAUUAUGGAAAGUUGAGAAAACUAUAUUUUCAUCUAAAAUAGCAUAAGAUUUGUAAACAAGUUAAAGUAAUCAUUUAAUGCAUAAAGAAAGUGAUAGUAUUAAGAUAUUUUAUAUUUUUUCAAAUUAAGUAGUCUUUAACAAUUAUGUUUAAUAAUCAAAAUUUAAAGGAUCCUACACAAAAUUAUAUGGAUCCAAAUUAUAAUAUGUCUCAUUUAAUGAAUCAAUAUAUUUAUAAUACAAAUUAUAAUAUGAAUAUAUAUCAAAGUUAUAUUUAUCCAGUUGGUACAUUUGAAAAUGAAAAUGCUACAUCAGUAAUUAAUGUAGGAAUUCGACAAGCAGAUGAAAAAAAUAUUGAAAAUUUUCUCUUAGAAAUUGAUCAAUCCAGUAAUAUAAAUGACCAGAGAAAUAUAUGUAAAAAAUCUAAAAUUGCAAUAAUUAAAAAUGCUAUAACAUCUGCAUAUAAAUUAAAUGAGAAAUUAAAGAUAAUUUGUGCAGAAUUUAAAAAUACCCAACAUUUAAUGGAAGAUGAAUGGCAACAAAAAAUAAAUAUUUGUAAUACAGCAAAAGAAGAAAUUGUUCAAUUAUUAGAACCUAUUAGAGAUCAAAAUUUUUUAAAUCAAUUAAAAAAGGAUUUAGAGAAACGAAAAAAAAAAGAUUAAGAGAAAAAAUUAAAAAAGAAAAAUGGAAAAAUGAAAAAAUAAUGAAAAUGGAAAGAAGGGCAAGAAUGCAUGCACAAAUUGAUUUGUGGAUUAGGAAAGAACAAGCUGUAAUAGAUAAAGAAAAGCAAGAAGAAAAUUUACGUAAAGAUGCUGAUAUGAUUUUAUUUGAUGUUAGAGGGAAAAAAAUUGAUGCUAGGAAAUAUCUUGGAUUGUUACAAGAAUUACGAAAUUUACGUAAUGUUAAGGCUAAUAUUGCCAGAGCAAGAGGGGAACAUUUAUCUUCAGCAGCUGAUGAAGCAUUUAAUAAUAUUAUUGCAAAAUUAACAGAACAAUGGUCAAUGCUUGAUCGUGAAUAUUCUACAGAAGAACAAGGUUUAAAAUUAAUGUUAAAGAAUGAUAAUGAAAAGAGAAUUGAAAAACAAAA